UCUCAUGCAAGAAAACAGCAAAGCUGGAAAGGAAGAGUCGAAGCUAAAUUUGGACAAUAAUUCCGUAGACAGUAAUAAAGAUUGCACAAGCAAAGUGGAAUUCUGAAAUAUGUGGAUAAUAACAAUGUUAUCUACAACAGAAGUCUACAACAGUCGAAAUUCCAAGGUUGUCUUUAGUCUUGUCAAGGUUCCGUAAAGUGGCUUUUUUGAAUGUAAAAACUCACGCCUGUUUCAUCUAUUUCUGCCGAUUGCUUUUAUUAUUCAAUGUUAUUAUAUCCAAUUCUCUUGCUGAAUCUUCAGCACAAUUUUCAUCCUGUUCUUCCUUCCAGAUUAUUUCAUAAAUUGCUCUUCACACUCCCUUACCAUACAACACACAUUCAGACAAGCUGCAAAACUACCGUCAAAAGCAUUGGAUUCUUAUGGCUAGUGAUGUUUCGUCUUUAAGGUUGGAGUUAUUCAGUGCCAAGUUCAGACUGGUUAACUAUUUGCAAAAUCAUCAUAAUUUUCGGCCAGUUCAGAGAGAGUUUCUAGAGUUAGUGUCCGAAUUCGAAAUAUUAAAGCUAAAGGCUCAAGAUAUAUAUGGGAUAUCAAGAGAAAAGGUUAUACCUCAAUUGAAGUCCGUUCAUUUUGAUCUAAAUGAGGGAGACAAUCGAGUAUCCUCAGUGUCUAAUAUACACCAAAAUGCAGUAUCACAACUCCAGGAACUUUUGGAUAUGCAUGACAAUUGUUCCUAUCUCCUAGAAUUGCACCAGGCCAUAAAUAGCUUCGAGUCUUCAGUCAAUCAACUGUUAUACCAAUGUUCACGUCGUUCGGUCGUUGAUAAGAAAAAGAAAUGGGAAGACACAGUUGUAAAAUCUCCCAAAGACUCAGAGAUUGAUUUAGAACUCGAUGAUAAAUGUGUGGAAAUAGAUGAAGAAACCUAUCGUUUAUGUGUUGAUACUGUGGUAACAUCACUUGAAGAAUCUGAACAUUUAUUUGCGAAACAUAAAAAGUUUAGUAAAGAUGUAGUACUUGUCUUUCAAAGUUGUCAACAAACAUUUACACGUUGCAAGAAUCGUCUUACUCAACAUGUUGAUGAUCUUUGGCGUCGAUGGAUUAUCCUAGAAGUUCCUUCAAAACAUCAGAAUGUAUCUUCAAAGUUCAAUGUUAAUAAUAUAUAUCCUUCUAUUCGUGGACAACUUCAGCCGAAUGAUUUUUUCAGUUUUUUAUUCGAUGCUUGUAUACCAUCACCUACUGAUAUGUGUAAAUCUUUAAGACAGCCGAGUUAUACAUCCAAUUCCGUUUUUUAUGAAGUUUCUGAUCAUGAUGUGCCGACUACUCAAUCAUACGGGGAAUCCACAGUUUUAGCUAGUCUCAAAAUAUUGGCUAAACCUGGAUUGGUCUCUCAGUUGUUACGUAUUAUUGAUGCUUUAAAAGAGUCUAAGAGUCGUAUACUUGAAUUGGCUAAUCAAAUUUGGACGUAUAUAUUUAAACCUUGGCUUAAAAAGGUACCAUGUGUGUCGGGACCAAGUGUCGGCUGGGGAAAAUUAAAGUGUCAAAUAAUUGAACAAUCUGUAAACAUCGAAUCAGAUCAUGAAUUAUUUAUCAAAGAAAUAGGCCUAGAAACAACCGAUACUAAUGAUGUUAAUAUGACUCAAUAUUUACGUUUAACAUUAAUUGCUCCAAAUACUCCUCCUUCUAAUACUACUACUACUACUACUACAAAUCCUAAUGAAAAUAAUCAUAAUCAUGAUGACGACGAGGAUGAUGAUGAUGAUUUAAUCUCUAGUUCAUGUAAUCAAUUAACUAAAGUAUUUCAGGAGUUGUAUACUUAUCUAUUUGGUUUACAAGCAAUUCAAUCAGACAAUAAACGUUUUAUUGAUAUAAUUGUAAAUAAUAAUAUUGAUAGUGAUUCAGGAAUGUUCAAUAAUGAAUUAGUUAAAGACUUAAUUGAUGGACGUUUUAAUGCUGGUUUACCAUCAGCUGAAAAAUUACAUAAAUCAGAGAUAAUUGCAAUAUUAACACAAGUUGUUCUACGAUUAAUUAGUGUUGGUCGAAAUACUGGAUUUUUAAUAGAUGAUAUUAAUCACCUUCAUGAUGAUCAUGAUCAUGAUAAGAUUGAUUCAUUUAAAGUAUCAACUAUUGGCGGUGCAACAAAAUUAAAUCUUUGGAUUGAUAGCCUUUCUAUAUUAAAACAUAAACGAUCAGCUAAUGCAAUAUUAGAAGAACUACGUGAAUUAUUAGCUGAUCGUAAAUUAUUUUAUUCAAUGUGUUCAACUAAUAGUUUAGUAAAAGUAUGUGAAAAAAACGCUACAACUACAACAACUAAUUUCACUACAAAACAUAAUAAUAAUAAUAAUACUGAUGAAGGUAUUUAUGAAGAGGAUGACUUAAUAUUGGACGAUUGUAUCGAGAAUGAUACCAUUGAAUUGGAAUAUUCAGAUAAAACUAAUAAGAAUGAUCAAAUUUUAUCGAAACUAUUAAAAUCCAAAAGUAAUUUGGAUAAUAUUUCACGGCAUUUAGAUCUAGGACAAUUUGAUUUUCCUGAUUGUAUGGUUUCUGAAACUGUAGAUCUUGUUAUGAAACAAAUUUAUAAAAUACUUCAUGAUUGUGAAUCAUAUCUUGAACCAAUUAUAAAUGAAGUUAGUCAAUCAUUGAAUGAUACUCCAAGUACAUUGAAUUCAAAAAAAUUUAAUACUAUUGCAUUUGUUGAAUUUAUCAUCAAAUUAAUUCCUCGACUUAUAAUGUUAUUUACAUCACUUGUACCGACUUUACAUGCCGAUGUCUUUCAAGGAGAUUUACGUUUUGCUGUUCUCUACUACAAUGAUUGUAUGUAUUUAGCUCAUGAAUGUUUAACAUUAGGUGAACGUGGUCUUUAUAAAUUUGUUCAACAGUUUUUAGACUUAGGCUAUGAUAUCAUGACUAAUACAUUGAACAAUACCACUGUUACAUCAAAUGAAUCAAAUACAUUCAAUAAUUUGAAUAUAUUAGAAAGAUCAGCUUCUUUAAGUACAUGUAUUUUGGUACCACAUUUACGUCAAUCUGGUGUUAAUAAUUUAUUAGAUCAUUUAAGACGUGAACGACAAUUUUUAUUACGAUAUGUUGAAAGGAUUCAAGGAUUUCAUAAUGUCAGUUCCUCGAUUGAUAAUCGUCAUUGUACUACAGCUAUAGAAGAUUGUUGUCAUCAUUUGCAUAAAAUUUCAGAAGCACUCAGUCCACUUCCUCGUACAGUUUAUUUUCGUGCUAUGGGGAUCAUGUGUAAUUGUGUUUGUACGGAAUUAGUAAAAACUAUCUUGAAAUUAAUCGAUAUUACGAAAUCAGAUUGUGAUAACAUUUUGAUCUUGUUGGAGUCUAUCAAAAACACUAUCGUGGAAUUUUUCAAACCUUCUGAAGUUGUACAUCAGCCAGCUGCAAAAGAACCAAUAAUUAAAUCACAGCAUAAUUACAAUACUGAUGAAUUAUUAACAAGACGUUGUCCAGAUUUUCAUCGUUUACAAGGUAUUAUAUCAGUAUUAUCUGCAUCAUCAUUAGCUGAAAUUCGUGAUAUAUUAUGGAAUGAUGGUAAUGGACCAUUAUCUAUUGAAUCCCAUUUAACAACAUCUGAAUUACGUUGUUUAAUAAAAGCUUUAUAUAGUAGUUCAUCAUUUCGUGAUGAAUUAUUACAAAAAUUACAUUGAUAUUUCAUCCCUCCCCCUCCCUAUCCCCCUUCGUCCUCUGAUGAUUGUAUUUUCGUUUUCAUUUAAUGUUCUGUUUCUUUGUAAUAAGAUUUUCUUAUGUUUCCUUUGUUUUUUUUUGGGGGGGGGUUUGAUAAAUCAAUAAUAACUUACUUACUUACUUACUUACGCCUGUUACUCUCAAUGGAGCAUAGGCCGCCGACCAGCAUUCUCCAACCCACGCUAACCAGAAAAUCAAUAAUAAUAAUAAGUGUAUGUAAAUGGGUUUGUAUUUUAAAUAAGAACUUUCGUCUAAAUUUGAUUAGAAUAGUUUCACAAUAUUUGGGCGCCGAGUUGAUAUGAGACAUUAACUAGGAAGAAUGUUGUAUUUGUAAAAUCUCAAUGAAUGAAUUUGAAGUAAAUUUAACAUUUCACCUUGGCAAUUUAGUUCAAGCUUUCUCAAGAAAAUGUAAUCAAACAUUUACUUAUCGUCCUUUCAUUUUUGUAAACAACACCCCCACUAUAAGAAGGCAGUAAGUCAGACUUUCCUGACAGUGGUUAUAUCCACAUGAUCAUGUGAGAGCAUUUAGAGAAGAAGAGCUCACGUUCAACCGUAAAAGAUCAUGUGAGGGCUGAGAUACAUCACAUCAAUGAUAUUAUAAGUUAGCUUUCUAGUUUUGAAUAAUGAAACUGACAAAUUUAAACGACUGAUGUGUGUAGAAUGAUAUUAUGGCUUGUAUUUUCAUUAAUCAGUCAAGGAAUAUGUUUAUUAGUCUUCUCAAUGUUGCAACUAAGGUAAUGGAAUUGAUUAUUUUCUGAGAUUCAUUCCAUAAAUGACAUCAAGAACUCUUAUUCAAAAAUUUAUCCUUUCUAUUGAAUAUAUGUUUUUUAUUUACUAUAUUUCGUUCCAACUUUGCCUGUAGCUCUUCCAGAGCUACUGUCGGUCCCAAUCCCGUGUAAAGAAGGGUUGGGCAUGGGGUUAGCAACCCCAUUCCGUAGAAGAUUAACUCGCUAAAAAACCGCCAACCAGAGCACAUUACGUCGGGAAAUAGAAGCACAUAUGAAAAGGAUGAAUAACAACUGGAAGGAGCUAGAAAGGAUUGCUCAGGACAGGGUUGCAUAGUGAGUGGAGGUGAGUGGCCUCUGCUCUUCUACGAGGAGUAACAGGCGUAAGUAAGUAACAUAUUUCGUUCCGAAUGUAGUGUAGUUCUAUGGUCAUAAUAUAUUUAAAACAAACUUGAUAGUAAGGUCUUACUUACUUACGCCUGUUACUCCCAAUGGAGCAUAGGCCGCCGACCGGCAUUCUCCAACCCACUCUGUCAUGGGCCUUCUUUUCUAGUUCCAUCCAAUUCUUGUUCAUUUUUCUCAUGUCUGUUUCCAUUUCUCGGCGUAAUGUGUUCUUUGGUCUUCUUCUUUUCUUUUGGCCUUGAGGAUUCCAUGUGAGGGCUUGUCUUGUGACGCAGUUCGGUGCUUUCCUCAAUGUGUGUCCUAUCCACUUCCAGAGCUUCUUCCUAAUUUCUUCCUCCGCUGGGAUCUAGUUUGUUCUCUCCCAGAGUACGUUGUUGCUAAUAGUGUCCGGCCAACGGAUCUGAAGUAUUUUGCGUAGACAACUGUUAAUAAACACUUGUAUUUUCUGGAUGAUGACUUUCGUAGUUCUCCAGGUUUCUGCCCCAUAUAGUAGAACUGUCUUGACAUUUGUAUUGAAAAUGAUAGUAAGGUCAUCUGAAGUAAAUUCUUUUUGGUAUUUGGAUAGUCGGAGUUUCUUUUAGGGAUUGUGCUAUGUUUGAAUUAGUUGUACUCGUUAACUUUUGGUAGUUCUGUGCUUAUUAAGUACUUUAAAUAUUUGUCUGAUUGACAAGAGACCUUCUGUUGUUUAGUGGCUAGUUAAUUUGUGUUGUAGAAGUUCAUUUUAACUAACAGAGGUUGUCGUAGGCUUUCCUAAAUUUAUUUGACGUGAGGAUUCAUCGUUUUUUACAUUCCCCAAGCUUUUAUUCCAGCGGUCUAACUCACAAAGCAGUGAAGCAACGUUAAGAGAUGCAGUCCCAUAGUAGUCUGUGACAAACAACAAUUUCAUACUCUUUUCGUUCCUUCAACAUCCUAGAGCCCAUGUCCAUCAUUGGUUCAGAAUCAGGAAUUCCAAAUCACCUAGGUGGAUCCACUAGCCCGGUUAAAAUUCCUGUGUGGUUUGAGAGACAGUCGAAAAAGAACCAUGGACCUAGGUUUUGUAAUAUUUUUGAUACUGGUCAGUAACGUGAAUAAGUAAUCUUGAGUAAACCUGUAUUUCCUGUAUCAUCCAACUUCACAGUCUGGUAACUGAUAUAUGACAAUACUAGUUCUUCUUCUACUGUACCGCUAUUCAAUCUACACUAGACAAUUCUAUUUCAUCUCUUUCGUUG